AGUAAAUAUGCCUGCCAGAGGAUGAAACGUCUGAAGAUAAAAAUGAUAAAAAACAAGGAAGAAACUGAGCUCACCUGUGUGUGUGUGUGUGGUAAGCUGUGUUUUCUGUUUUGAAUAUGAGGGCAGGGGCUGAGGGAGGAAGGAGCAGAGAGACGAGAGAAGAGAGAGAGAGAAAGGAAGCAGUCUGCUGUUUCACACACUGGUGGUGGAGUUGAGCCCCUCGCAAGAAUUCUCCUGGCUAUGUCCGCCAUCUGGAAUGUCGAGUCACUUCCUCUGUCUGCCCUGCGCUCUAGCGGGGUUGUCCUCUGCCUCUCUGCUCCCUCCCUCUGCUCUGACAGCACUCUCAAGAACCGCUGGAGACCACGCCAGAGCGGACAAGACACACACGCCAGCACACAAACAUACAGUAUGAAAGCGAGACCCCCGGAGUAGCCCACGUCCAACUCAGACACACUCUAAAUGGAAUCUGGGCCUGGAAGAAGCAAAGACAACUGCAGUCAUCAGCUGGACUUUUUGGAGGGUGUUCCUAUUCCCUUAUAUGGCAACAGAGCUGGGAAAUCAUUUGAAUUAGUCUGGUUUCUGUUGCAUGCCUGUCUGGUUUUAGUGCUGACUGAGUUCCAUCUGUUUCUGCCUCUGCUGUGUGUGCGUGUGUGAGUGUGUGGGCGCCGUACGUACGUGUGGCUUGAUUUGUUUGUUUUUGCCAUUCUUUGUUCUUCUUUUCCUGUUGUUUGCAUGUGGGGUUUUUGUUUUGGGACAAGAGGAGGGCUUGUGUUUGUGGUUAAGCUAGAGGCACCGUCAUUGCCUCAGGGGUGGCUGCUUCAUUCAAGACUGUGCAGCACCUCUCGCUAUUUUUCCUCUACCUACCCUCGCUCCCUCGCCGCCGCUGCUGCGAUGGUCUGUGUUUGUUGGAGCAACACACCCACCUGGGUGCAGCAACUUGAAGACUGAAACAGGGUCUCUCUACACACGGAUAUUAUUAGUUGAGGAGCGAGCUGUUGUUAAAGUGGACUAACCUCACAAUCAGCUGGAUGUCUUUAUUCCUCCAUCGCAACAGGAUGUGUGACCCUGAAGGAGCCAACGGGGACCCAGGAAGUGCUAGCUGGUACAGACAAAGUGAUGGGUUGUCUGCUUGACACUUUGAUCACGAAGAAAAGGAUCAUGGGAAAGAUCUAAACACUAUAAUAGACCACUCAACACACUCUGGCGCUGACAACUUGAAUGACAGUCUGCCGGCGCGAUGCCAUGAUCUGAGCAAAGUCUGGCGUUAAGUUUGUGUUCACCUCAUGUGGAUUAUUUUUAUGAACAUAUCUCGCAACAUUGAUUGCCAUGGCUACGGCGGCAUGGUAUCAUCGUGACAUCAGCCGUGUGCACGCAGAGGACUUGCUGGCACGGGCAGGGAGGGAUGGCAGCUACCUAGUGAGAGACAGUGAGUCUGUGCCAGGAGCCUAUGCAUUGUGCUUGCUGUUCCAACGUCAUGUUCACACCUAUCGUAUUCUUCCCGACGCAGACGGCCUUCUAGCAGUUCAGACAACACAGGGGGUGCAGGUGAACUGUUUUCGUACCCUGGAGGACCUGGUGUUGGGGUACCAGCAUCCUCACAAGGGCCUGGUCACUCCUCUGCUCUUCGCUGUUCCCCGUGAUACGGACACUGGGGACGAGAGCUCAGAUGACGAGAAACCGCCUCCAGCUCCAGCCCCUGUCAACACAGUGCCUUUCCCAGGACCACCAGCAAAACCAGCCCCUCAUGCCCUGUUCCUGGACAAGUUGCAGGAGCUCAACACAUCCAGUACUGCGGGUGAGGUGAUCGGUCUACUCAAUGACUACCUCUUCAGUGAGCUGCCUCUUGACAUUGAGAACGUGCACAAAGGGGCAACAACGCUCUGCCACCUCAAGCGCACUCUGGGUACUGCGUGCCAAGGCUUGAACAGUGAGAUCGACCUGACUCUCUCAAGUCUGGAAACCCUGGCCAAGGUCUUCGACCAUCCUAGCUGCUCUUUAACACACACCAAAGCACAGGGCCCAGAGAUGGAGAUAGACACCCUGUUGUGUAAGAUUUCUGCUUUAGUCAGCCUCCUGUCUUCGCUGGAGAAAAAGGUAUUAAAAGCAUUACAAGAUGCCGUGACUAAUCAUAAUCUGGCAGUGCAGCCUAACCCGCCUCCUCCUGAACCAACACUCACUCAUGUAACACCUGUCAAGAACCACGCCAGACAGCUGCCCGUCCAUUCCUUUCAGGUGAAGAUGGUGAGGUACGGCAGACAGACUGUUUCUGUGGAUGUGGACACAGGAGUGCUGCUCUUUGACAGGAAGGCUGGUUCAUUUGGUAUAGAGAGGGUCUCACAUGACAGAAUCCUUCAGAUUGUCAAGUUCCAGAGCAGUCCGGCCAAGGUACGCAUGGUGGUUGACAGCCACCACAACACACCACGGGAGAUGACGUUUGAGAGUGCACGGAAACGUGAUGCCUUCUGCCAGCUCCUCCAGCUGAUGAGAAGCAGGCACUCUCAGCUGAGGGAACCUGACGUGAUCUCUGUGUUUGUUGGCACCUGGAACAUGGGUGGUUCCCCUCCUCCUCGCAACCUGCAGUCAUGGGUGACCUGCUGCGGUUUGGGUCACACCCCUGAUGACUCGACCGCCAUGCUCCCUCAUGACAUCUACGCCCUGGGGACGCAGGAGAACCCUCAGGGGGAGAGAGAGUGGACAGAACAUAUCAAAGCAACGCUUCGCAGCCACACUCACAUCGACUUCAAACAAGUGGCAGUACAGUCCCUCUGGAACAUGAGACUGGCUGUGUUUGUGAAGCCAGAGCAUGAGAGUCGCAUCAGCCAUGUGAACACAGCCAGUGUGAAGACUGGCACAUUGGGAAACAAGGGAGCGGUUGGCGUCUCCUUCCUCUUCAAUGGAACAUCUUUUGGGUUUGUUAACUGCCACCUGACCUCUGGAAGUGAGAAAGUCCUGAGGAGGAACCAGAACUUUGUGGACAUCCUCAGACUGCUCUCUCUGGGCGACAAACAGCUCGGUGCCUUCGAUAUCAGCCUGCGCUUCGCCCAUCUCUUUUGGUGCGGAGACCUCAACUACAGACUUGACUUAGAUGUGCAGGACAUCCUGAAACACGUAUCUAAGAGAGAGUUCGAGGAGCUCAUGUGUGCAGACCAGCUGACCCGAGAGAGACACAAGAGGAAGUCCUUUCUCAAUUUCAAGGAAGAGAAGAUUGCGUUUCCACCCACCUAUCGGUAUGAACGGGGCUCCAGAGACUGCUACCUGUGGCAGAAGUACAAGACUUCAGGAGUUCGAGUCAAUGUCCCAUCAUGGUGUGAUAGGAUUCUGUGGAAGUCCUACCCAGAGAUGCACAUCAUGUGCACUGCAUAUGGUUGCACAGAUGACAUCUUCACCAGCGAUCACUCGCCUGUUUUUGCCACAUUCCAAGUGGGAGUGACGUCACCGUUUGGCUCCAAAACAGACACAAAUCCAAGCAUGGAGAAGGCUUGGGUAGAGCUGGAAGGCAUCGAGGCCAUCGUGAAGACGGCGAGCAAAGCAAAGUUCUUCAUUGAAUUUCAUUCGUCUUGCCUUGAAGAGACACGACGCUCAAGUGAGAAUGACUCACAGAGCUGUGACGUUCCCCGCUUUCUGAAACUGGGCUGGUCCUUCAAACAGCUGCCGAAGCUUCUUCCAAUCAUGUCCGACAUGGAGUAUCUUCAGGAUCAGCACCUGCUGUUGUCCGUCAAGUCAUGUGACGGGUUUGAGUCAUACGGUGAAUGCUGUGUGGCUCUGCGCUCACUCGCCGGUGCGUCGGAGCAGUUUGAGACCUUUUUGAGUCACCGAGGCGAGGAGAUGGGCUCCAUAAGAGGACGAGUCAGGGUUCAUGUGCCCAAGGACAGACGAGGAACUCGGGAGAAGACCUAUGAGUGGUUCUAUUUUGAGAAAGGUGAUAAAGGUCCUGGGAGAGGACACAUGUCUCCUGCAUCUACGCGGGCCCCAAUAAACAGGUCCUUGGCAGCUCCUCCCAAACUAACUCCAAGCAGCUACACCAAUCCAGCCUACUUCAUCUUUGAAGGAGUGUCGGUGCCACGCAGGGUAGAAGAGGCACUCCCUCAGCGACGGGACCCUCAGGUGAUCUGGUCUGGAAAUGAGGCCUUGCAGCUCCCAAAAAUCUCAGGACGUCAGGGCUUCGACAGAAGACCCUGUCGCAGAUCAGACUUUACAGAGAUUGAAAUACCAGCCGUCCUGCCCCAGUACACUUCAACCAAUGACCUUCACACGCCCCAAACCAACUCCUCCUAUCAGCUUUUCCCGGCCAAAAACCCAUCUCCCAUACCUCCACCCUCAAGUAACGCCUUGCCACAGUACCAGGAACAGACUUCACAGCCCAGAGACAAAUACCAAGUUAAAAAAAUAGUUCAAGACUCCAUACUGCCCGAGAAGAACCUGAGGAAUUUGUAUAUGAAUCACUCAGCAAUCAUCAGGGAAAAAAACAGAAGGGACCAACAUCAGACCAAUCCUGUCCGGGCAGCCAAGGUGCCGUCAGCUUUCCCCUACACCCCCACUCACUUAGCACACUCUAAGGCCUCUGCUCCCUGGAUGGUGGACCAGCAGCCCCCUGGACGUACAGGAGACAACUCCCUCACUGCUUUGCAAAUGGCCAAGUCCCUCAGCGAAGUUGACUUCUUCCCCACAGUGCAGAGAGGCCCGUCCAUACCCAACCAUAGGCCAAGUUAUAGAAAUGGCCCCUCCAUGCAUGGAGAUAGAAGCUACAGCUGGGAGAAAGAGGUGUCCGUGCUCCAAGGUGCACCAGAGACCGUGCGGGAGCUUCUCAGUGCUCUGGGUCUUCAGAAAUACACCCUGGGACUCAGCCUUAAUGGCUGGGAUGAUCUGGAUUACUUCAGUGGCAUCACUGAGGAGGAUCUAUGCGCCGCAGGAGUGACGAACCCUUCCCACCGACGCAGAAUCCUCGAGAGCCUGCCCAGGAACUGGAACUGACACACAGAGAUGAUAAACGUUGCUGGUACGAAAAGCCUCGCAGUCCGCUCAAUUAGAACUGGAAAAACUGUUAGAACCGAGAGCCGAAAGGAGGACAGACUGAUCGGUUAUCAAUCACAUCAGCUGGACUUUGCUACAGCCCUGCCGCCUGCUCAUUUACUCGAUCAAUACUGUAACAAUAGUUAGUCUGUGUCAACACAGCAAAGGGAACAUAACGCAGGAUGCACUUGUCGCACAGUCUGCUUUUUUCAUCCAUCCAUCUUGACGGAUAAUGAAAGCGGUGGGUGAUAUAUGAAUGGAAAACCUUGAUGUGUGUCUCCAGUUUCUGACACAAAUAUUGAUUAUGAUAUCAAGGUCUCAUUGAUUUAGCUUUGAAUGAUUUUUAAAUGACUAUAAAAAUAUAGUCCUUCAAUUUCCAGUGUUCACUCAAGGCUAGUGUUUACCAUUCAUCCCUCCUACUGUGUGCUCUCCAUUACUCUGCUAUCAUUGAGCCUGGAUCUGAGCUUGUAAAAGCCCUCUAUUAAACCUAUGGAGCAUUAAAUCCAUAACUGUACAUAUCUACUGGAACACCGUCUGUAAAGUUGGUAUACAAGGACCUUCCACUAUCUCAUUUUGUUUACUGUCUCCUACUGUUGCUAUCGUGUCACUUAAUCAGCACCAAUGUCCAUUGUGCAUGUUUUAUGCAGCCUUUUAUAAAGUAAAGUGCAUAAAGCAACUCUUGACUGUCA